AUGCUACGAUUCCGGCAGUUAUUCAAAAUGGCCGACCAAACAGUUGCGAAAAAGCUCAAGACCUCUUCUCCCUUGAUUGGGACUCACAACGGCCAUUUCCAUGCCGAUGAGGCUCUCGCUGUCUAUCUCCUUCGUCUGCUCCCUUCCUACUCCUCUUCGCCUCUUGUUCGCUCCAGAGACCCAGCUCAGCUCGCGACAUGUCACACCGUCGUCGAUGUAGGCGGAGAAUAUGACCCCUCCAACAACCGCUAUGACCACCACCAGCGGACCUUCGCGACCACUUUCCCUCAACACAACACCAAACUCUCUUCUGCGGGAUUGGUGUACAUGCACUUUGGCCGUGCUAUCAUUGCCCAGCAUACAUCCCUACCAGAGGACCAUGAGGAUGUCACCUUGUUGUACGAGAAGCUCUACACGGACUUCAUCGAAGCCAUUGAUGCCAACGACAAUGGUGUCUCCGUCUACGACCCUGCAGCUCUGGCCUCCGCCAACGUUGAAAAGCGCUUCAGAGAUGGUAGCAUCACAAUCACAUCAGUUGUGGGGGAUAUGAACAACCCGGAUCCAACCACGCCGGGAGAGCCGCAGGAUGAGGACAGCCUCUUCGGUAGAGCAAGCACUUUCAUCGGCAAUGUCUUUGUGCGCAAAUUGCACCACGCCACCUCUUCCUGGAUGCCUGCCAGGACCACCGUAGGCGCUGCGUACCGCUCGCGUCACGAGGCCGAUCCCUCGGGCCGUAUUAUCGUGCUGCCUCAGGGUGGUGUCCCAUGGAAAGAGCACCUCUACAACUUUGAGAAAGAAGCGUCGGGAGCUAGCGAGACCAAACCUGAGGACCAGGUCUACUAUGUUCUCUACCCGGAGAGUGCUAACGAAGAUUCCAAGUGGCGCGUGCAGUGUGUCUCGGUCUCCGAGGGCAGCUUCGAGUCCCGGAAACCGUUGCCAGAGGCGUGGCGCGGUGUUCGUGAUCAGGACCUUGACGGUGUCCUGGCCGCAGAGGCUGAGAAGACCGACAAGCCCAAGAUUCCCGAGGGUGCCAUUUUCACUCACGCUAGUGGAUUCAUCGGUGGUCAUAAGACAAAGGAAGGCGCCUUUGCCAUGGCUGUCCGGAGUUUGGAACAGUAAUCAAAUUGUUCAUCCUUUGCUAGCUAAUUCAAAGCAAGACUUGCUUAUGAAUGAAAAUGCUUUCUCGAUUCCUUUUCUUAUUUUGAUCUCGGGGUUCGGUUUAUCUAGCUAGGGCUUGAAAAUAGUUAUUUACUUCUCAUUGGAUGGAAAACAAGUGGUAUAUUAUUCAUCAUCGAUAAUUAUUAGCUAAGAUGAUUUUCCUAAAGAGACCGCUGGCGAUAACACCAGGUAGAAUAACAAUGAAAUUCUCUAGUCUAGGGGAUUACUUCAAUCUCUGCCCUGCAAGAUCCCAUUCC